CGUCCAGUCAAUUGCCAAGGUCGCACGCCGCAUUACAAAAGCGACCCAACCACUUGCGAACUAGCAUUCCCCCCAAGACUCCAGCAAGAUGCCCCGUCAGCUUUUGGCCACCCGCUUCGUUACCAUCCCCGAUGAUGUCAAGGUCGUCCUUGACGGCCGCAAGGUCACCGUGUCCGGCAAGCGUGGCACGCUGAACCGCGACUUCCGUCACCUGACGCUCGACAUGCGUCGUGUCAACAAGGAGCAGCUCCGCGUGGACCUGUGGUUCGGCAACCGUAAGCAGCUUGCCUGCGUGCGCACCGUCUGCUCGCUGAUCGAGAACAUGAUCACGGGUGUGCGUGUCGGCUACCUGUACAAGAUGCGUUUCGUGUACGCUCACUUCCCCAUCAACGUGACGUUCGAGAACAACGUUGUGGAGAUCCGUAACUUCCUGGGUGAGAAGCGCGUGCGUCGCGUUGCUCUGUCCGAGGGCGUCUCGUACGUGCGUACGGGCGACGUUAAGGACCAGAUUGAGCUGAGCGGCAUUGACCUCCAGAAGGUGUCGCAGGACGCUGCCAACAUCACGCAGGCCUGUCUGGUGCGUCGCAAGGAUAUCCGUAAGUUCCUUGACGGUAUCUACGUGUCCGAGAAGACCAACAUUGAGAUCGAGGAGGACUAAACUUCCUUGGCUUUCAGCUUUGCUACUGGGGUAAGAACCACUGCUAGGAGAGAGUUCGUAACCGGUACUGAAUAGAACCGAUCGUGCUCCUUUGCC